UCCAGGUUUCGUGUUAAUAGUGUUUGCGCAUCGGAUAAAGAGUCCGAAAGUACAGCACAUUUCAAAUUAAUCGAAAGAAAUGCCACAAAACAAACAUUAUCAGGACGAUAUUUUAUAUAUCACACAACCAACUCGUAACAUUUUGCUCAUACUUGGAGCCUGGCCAUCUAUCGAUCAAAAAAGAUCUGUAUUUCCACAAGCUUGCAACUUCUUGUUAAUUAGUAUCACUUACACACUUCUUUUCUCCGAGCUUAUACCUGGUAUCCUUUACUGGCUGAUGGAGAAAUCAACGCGCAUUCGACUCCAAAUAAUUCCUCUUCUUCUCUAUGACAUCAUGUCUGUCAGUCAAUAUGGUAUUUUUAUAUUUCGCCGUGAUCAACUCAGACAAUGUUUCAAGUAUAUCGAGGAAGAUUGGGAAGACAUUAGUGCAAACACGCGCAAUAUUAUGCUGAAAUCCGCGAAGAUGGGCAAACGCCUGGCUACAAUUUGCGCAGUUUUCAUGUACAGUGGUGCCUUUACUUUUCGAACUAUCUUACCAUUAUCCCAAGGGAAAAUCGUAACUGAUCAAAACAUUACAAUAAAACCCUUUGCUUGCCCGGGUUACUUUUUUUCUCUCGACGUGUACGUCAGUCCUAUUUAUGAGAUACUCUUUACAAUCCAAUGUGUAACAGGUAUACUUAUGGUUUCGAUCGUGAUAAGUGCAUCCGGCCUUACAGCGAUUUUCGUGAUGCAUGCUCGUGGCCAGCUGAAAAUCUUGAUCGAUUUGAUGAGAAGUUUCGUGCAGGAACCGUGCCAAGAAGAGCGUACAGUGGAUACGAAGUUAGCUCAAAUAGUCAAACAUCAAAUAAAAGUGCGCAAUUUUUUACGAUUGGUACAGCAUACUCUACAUGAAAUAUAUUUGAUAGAACUUACGGUGAAUACAAUAAGCAUCUGUCUUUUAUUAUAUUUUAUGAUAGUGGAUUGGCAAAGUAGGAAUAUAGCAGUUUUAUGCACUUAUUUGUUAAGCAUUACGAACGUGGUAACUCAUAUAUUUUUAUUUUGUUAUACCGGUGAACAACUUACCAGUCAGGCGGAAAAAGUGGCCAUUACAUCCUGCGGACUCGAAUGGUAUCGUCUUCCGAACAGGAAAGCACGUAGCGUCAUAUUAUUAAUGAUUAUGUCUAAUACGCCAACUAAAAUCUCCGCUGGAAAUAUUGUCGAUCUGUCACUCAAGACAUUUGGUGAUGUCAUGAAAACAUCUGGAGCAUAUUUUAAUAUGCUCCGAAAUGUAAUCGAGUAA